AUGAAUGAACUCAAUUCUCAAAAAGAAGCUGCUGGACCUGGUAGAAGAAAGACAGUGCGUAAAGGCAUGUUCUCCAAGGACUUAAAACUACUCAUGUAUGGUUUUGGUGAUGUGAUCAACCCAGCAUCAGAUUCAGUCGCUGUGAUGGAUGAUUUAGUGAUUGAUUAUAUAACAGACAUGUGUCAAAAGGCAUCCAUGGUGGGUGACAAUCGAGGCAAAGUGCGUGUAGAAGACUUUAAAUUCGUCCUAAGGAAUGAUCCUAAGAAACUGGCAAGAGUAGAAGAGCUGCUGUACAUGUCUGAAGAUAUCAGAAGAGCUAAACAAGUGUUUGAUGAGAAAGAGAUGGAAGCAGAUGAUAACUAG